AAUGGCCAAUGGGAGUCGGCUUGUCGAGCAAACACUAAGCUGUGCUUCUCAUUCAUUCAGAGCGGAGCAGAGCGGAGCAGGCCCGCAGAGCCGCAGCGCGCCCCGCAGCUCCUCCUCGGCCCCGCACACGCUUCGGGAGCGGACUUUCUGGAUUUAAACGCGCUUCUCUGACUUCUCGGGUCUAGUUUUUUCGUUGUUGAUGCUUGUUUUUGCAGCGCUCUCCUCGGCCUCCCCGGGCCGCUCGCCUCUCCUCCAGAUCGCCUCCGAAGUGCGCAGCAGAUCUCCGGGUGACCUCCUCCUCCUCCUCCUGCCCCCGUCCUCCUCCGCUCCCCCCCUCCUCCUCCCGAUCUGCACCGCAGCUCCACCGUGGAUUUACUUUGCUUCAACUUGGCACACAUGCACGCGUAACUUGCGCUGAACUUUACAACCAACCAAGAAAAGGGAAUAACGCGAAGGGAUCCCGCCGCCGCUGGAUUACCGUGAGGCGGGUAUGCGUCAGACUCCAGCCUCGCGUCUGGACGUUGCCCCUCUGCUGUUGGAUGGACUUUUUCUGGCUUUUCUGCUUGAUGGAUUCGACGUUAUGGAGGCUCACUUAUAGGUUUUCCCAUGCAUGUCCACGGUGAAUGUCGGAAGUGGUGAUCCCCCCAGAUGGAGCUCCAAAGUCAGCAUGGCCCCGGCGGUUCCCUGGUGGUGGUCCAGCAGCCGUCCCCGGAGGGCCGGCGGAGGUCGGAUUACGAGCGGGAGCUCCAGCACGCCGCCAUCCUCUCCCUGGACCAGAUCAAGGCCAUCCGCUCCAGCAACGAGUACACGGAGGGGCCCUCGGUGGCGCGGAGGCCCCCGGCGCCCCGCAUGGCCCCGAGGCCCCACGACAAGCACGAGCGGACUCAUGAGGUCAUCCUCGUCAACGUGAACAACAACUACGAGCGGCGGCCGGCGGCGGCCGGGGGCCAGCAUUACGGAGGGUCCCGGGCCCCGGGCCUCAGCCGCUCCACCAGCACGGGCAGCGCCGCCAGCUCGGGCAGCAGCAGCAGCGCCUCGUCGGAGCAGGGACUCCUGGCGCGCUCGCCCCCCAGCAGGCCGGGGCCGGGCGCCGGCCUCCAGCACCUCCAGCACCGGGCGGAGCGGCCCGUUCGGACUCAGCCCAAAGCCAAGGCCCCGUUCCAGGCCCGGCGGGGGCCCCACGCCCACCCGCUGCCGCCGGAGGCCCCGCUCAAGCCUCAGGGCAAAGGGGCGCCGGAGCCCUGGGAGCCCGCCGCCGCCGCCGCCGGCCACCGCUUCAUCUGCGAGCGCUGCGGGAAGUGCAAGUGCGGCGAGUGCACGGCGCCGCGGAGCCUGCCCUCCUGCCUGGCGUGCAACGGCCAGUGCCUGUGCUCGGCCGAGAGCGCGCUGGAGCACGGCACGUGCAUGUGCCUGGUGAAGGGCGUGUUCUACCACUGCUCCAACGACGACGAGGGGGACUCGUGCGCCGACCAGCCGUGCUCGCUGUCGCGCUCCCACUGCUGCUCGCGCUUCCUGUGCAUGGGAUUAAUGUCGGUGCUGUUCCCCUGCCUGCUGUGCUACCCCCCAGUGAAGGGCUGCCUGAAGGCGUGCCAGGGCUGCUACGACCGGGUCCGCCGGCCCGGCUGCCGCUGCAAGAACUCCAACACUGUGUACUGUCGGCUGGAGAGCUGGGCCCCCCCCACCCCCGACAAGCCCUCCUGAUCGGCCGCCGGGCGUCUCGCGCUCUGGAUGUGGAUUUUAUCAGACAGUCACAAAUUAAUGUUUAUCAAACCUUCUAAGCACCUCCCACCGCCGAGCCCCCCCCCCCACAGGAGUAAUGAAAACCACUCGAUGAUUCUGAUUCUCUGGGUCAGGAGCGUUUCUACAGACCAGUGUUUGCCUUCACUCCUCCCGUCUCCAGUUCCUCUUCCGUUGUUUCCGGGCGGGCGGGGGGCGCGGGGGGGGGGCCUGCCUCUCAGAUCUGUGAAGGACCGUCGACUUUAGGGCCGUUAUGUAGCUGUUACCUGCUCCCCGUAGCCGGCAGGUGUGUGUGUGUGGAUCUCCUUCUUCAUCCACCUCACCGUGUUCUCCUCUCUCUCCUCCACCUCCGUCUGAACUCCGUCAGCGGCGUUCUCCACCUCCUCUCCUGCCCACAUCAUCCAUCAGAGGAAUUCUGGCUAUUUUUUAAAAAGAAAAAAUGUCUGUUCAACAUUUUUUUUGUUGUAAAAAUAUUUAUUAUGUGAAGCUCUAUUAUUUUAUGAUAUUUAUUGCAAGAGACAGUCUUAAAUUUACUCAUGUCUGAAUAUAACAAAAUAUCAAAUACUUACUGAGAAAUUAAAGGGUGGCACAAAGAAAACUAUGUUAACUUUAAUGCA